AAGUUUGAGAAACAAAGAGACGUUGUUGUGUUGUUACUUUCCACAAUAACAACUUGGGAACUGCAUCAUUUACUCCCUCAAACCCAGAAAGAAAGAAUAAAGUUGAAGCGUUUACCAACCAUCAAUGGCUUCAACAUUCAAGCUUGUCUUUGCAGUUUGUUUUCUGCUUCUACUUUUAGAUUUCUGUAGGGGAAGUGUUGUCGGAGUUUGCUAUGGACGAAAUGCCGAUGAUCUUCCAACGCCGGAUAAAGUAGCAGAACUGGUUAAACUUCACAACAUUAAGUAUCUGAGGAUUUAUGAUUCUAAUAACCAGGUGUUGAAGGCCUUUGCCAACACCGGAGUCGAACUUAUGGUUGCGGUUCCGAAUUCGGACUUGUUAGCGUUCUCGCAGUUCCAAUCGAAUGCCGAUUCCUGGUUAAAGAACAGCGUCCUUCCUUAUUACCCUGCUACGAAGAUCACUUACAUAACGGUCGGUCUUGAAGUCACAGAGGAUCCCGAUAAUGCGUCUGCCUUGGUUGUGCCUGCUAUGAACAAUGUCUUGACAGCAUUAAAGAAGGUCGGUCUGCACAAGCGGAUUAAAGUUUCGAGUACGCAUUCGCUAGGCGUUCUCUCCCGAUCGUUCCCGCCUUCCGCCGGGGCUUUUAACAGCAGCCAUGCAUAUUUCUUGAGACCUGUGCUGGAAUUCCUAGCUGAGAAUCAGUCACCGUUUAUGAUCGAUUUAUAUCCUUAUUAUGCUUAUAGAGAUUCUCCGAACAAUGUCUCGUUGGAUUAUGCACUGUUCGAGUCAUCCUCCGAAGUCAUAGAUCCGAACACAGGUCUGCUUUACUCUAACAUGUUUGAUGCCCAGAUAGAUGCCCUUUAUUUUGCCUUGAUGGCUCUAAAUUUCAGAACAAUUAAGGUUAUGGUCACUGAAACUGGCUGGCCUUCCAAUGGUUCAUUGAAAGAAAAGGCUGCUACUCCGGACAAUGCACAGACUUAUAACAUGAAUCUGAUUCGUCAUGUUAUCAAUGACUCCGGUACUCCUGCCAAGCCCGGCGAAGAGCUCGAUGUUUAUAUUUUCUCAUUGUUUAAUGAGAACAGGAAACCCGGGCUGGAAUCGGAGAGGAACUGGGGUUUAUUUUAUCCGGACCAGACUAGUGUAUAUAGCCUGGACUUCACGGGAAAAGCUGCUGUUGGCAUUACAAGUUUGAAUGGUACGAGUUCAAACGGAACAACCUGGUGCAUUGCUUCUAGCAAGGCUUCUGAAUCUGAGCUACAGAAUGCCGUAGAUUGGGCUUGUGAUCCCGGGAAUGUAGAUUGCUCCGCCAUUCAGCCUAGCCAACCAUGUUUCGAGCCUGAUAAUCUAGUUUCCCAUGCCUCUUUCGCGUUCAACAGUUACUACCAGCAAAAUGGGGCUACUGAUGUCGCAUGCAGUUUCGGAGGAAAUGGGAUCAAAGUUGACAAGGAUCCUAGCUAUGACAAUUGCGUCUAUUUGACGUCAUGCAGGAUCAACAAAACCGCGACAAGGAAUUCAACCGCCAUGGCUAAUAGCACUUCUUCCUCAACGCGGAACGAAGUGUACGCAUGGAUUGCUAGCUACUUUCUAAUGACAUUAAUGUCAAUUGUUAUGAACCUAGGCAAUGCAUCAUUUUGAGGAAAGGCAAGUUGUCCGGCAUGCAAAUGAAGCUUCGCCUUCGCGAGACGAAGACGAUGUAUUAAAAAGAUAGAAGAAUUCGCGGUUGCAGCUAGUUUUUUGUAUGGUAUUGGUAGUGCUGAUGAGAUGCUAAAGGAAAAUGUAUAUACUGUCCUUUGUUGCUACUUGUUAGGACUGCA